AUGGUAUUUAAAUACUCAUCAUGCUUUUUUAAGGAACAUCGCAUCAAUGAAGCACAAAAGAAAAGUAAACGAAAAUCAUGCAAAACGAUUUUUGGUGAAUGCCCAUUAACAUUUGAUGGAGCAUAUGGUCUUACUCAAGCGAAUCAUUCUAUUGAAUUUUGUGAAUGCGAAAAAGAUUGUCGAUUCCUACUAUAUGAUCAUUUCAUCAAAAAACAUAAAUUAAAAGAAGUUUGCGCUCAACGUCUGAUACAAGCUGUUGCCGAUAAUCACGAUCCUAGGACAAUAAAAUUAUUUGAUGAAAAUGAAAGCAUAAUUGACUAUCUUUGGAAAGUCCUAUGUCCUUUUAUUAAUGGACGACUUGGUUUAAUAGAAUAUAGUCAAAAAUAUUUAAAAAAUAUACCAUGUUCAAAUCAGUUAAUUCGACUUGAUAAUUUAAAACAUCAUUUACGACGUCGUCAUCAUGUUUGUAAUAGUUAUACACAAAAAUUAGUUGAUGUCUUUAAAGCGAUUCAAUCAAAAUAUAAUACUACUUCGGCAUCACUAAUUCCAUCGACAUGA